CUAUCCCCAUUUUCUAGUCUAUUAAGCUUGACACUACACUACCAAGUACUCACUAGAUUUAGACGAACCAAGCUACUGACAUCAUGAUCAUAGUUGACACCUAAACAACCAUGAGUCCAGAUAUUGAUUCACUGCACGGCUCUGUGGGAUGCCGCCGGCUUAGGCCGCGGGGAGAGUCCGAGGAAGAGCGCCCACGAGACAGCAUUCAAGCUGAUAUUGAACGUCGCUUUCGAGAAAUGCCGUCACAUAUUGGUCGCAGUACUGUUAACAGUAGCGGAGCUGACCAAACCGAAGAGGACGAGGACUUAGCAGAGGAUAUUGCUCAGGUGAUCGAGGUAAUUGAUCUAACUGUGUCUGGGCCUGUAGCCGCAUCAAGAGCGCCACGAAGGCCUCGGGAGAAACCCGUAAAGCGCAACCCAACAAUAGAUCCAGGUCAGCGGCUAGAGAGUCAUGACUACGAGAACCAAGUACUAAAACGCGGUGUUCUUGUUGAGAUGGAAGCAGUUUCAGCGCUACGACAAGCAUCAUUCCUGCUUAUCCAGGAUAUUAUCCUUACUGGGAAUGGCAUCGUCCUCCGAGGGCUCCCUCUAACGCGCGCGAGAAACUUAAGGGGGCAACUACCCCGACUCCGGAAUGAACUUAUAUUUAUGCUUGAGAUCGACCAAGACGACCACCGACCUGAUGAGGAACAAGCGGCGAUUGAAAUACCUUUGACCAAGGUUAAAGGGGUUCGGAACUUUCUCAUCACCAACAAGGACUUUCCCGAACACAGGUUUCCUAACGGAAUCUAUAAGGAUACUCAUGAGAUAGAAGAGAAAGGGGUCCUCAUAUGCCGUUGGAAGUGCAGAAACAUCUGGAGCGAUGCUAUGAAGCGGUGUAAUAGCAAGCCUCCUAUCGAAUUCGAGGUAUCGCGUAUAACCUACGAGGAGGUGCCAAAGGAAAGAUACCGCACCCCUAGUCCCUGCUUGACAAAUAAGUGGCGCGGUGGGAUAGUUCGCGGUGGUUCGUUCGUCCCGGGCCAGACAAACGACUCGCGGAUGAUGGUAGAUGUUGAUGACCCUGAGGACCAAUCUGGUGAAUUUCCCGAUGAGUGGAUUCCGAGGAAGCCAGGGCAGCAAUAUACCUUUGGCGACAUGUUCUGUGGAGCCGGAGGGACAUCAUGCGGCGCCAGGACUGCUGGCUUUCGUAUCACGGUGGCUUGUGAUUAUGCAAAAGGGGCCUGCAAUACUUACCGUGAAGAGUUUAGAGAAGCAGAAUUACACGAAGACGAUAUGUAUAACUUCAUCAUGUCAAAGCAAGCUUCCACUAACCACAUUGAUGUGCUUCACCUAUCACCGCCGUGUCAGUAUUGGUCGCCGGCCCACACUACUCCCGGUGCAGGCGACGAGGCGAAUAUCGCAAUCCUGUUUGCCUGUCAUGAACUGGUCAAGGUCUUCCGCCCACGAAUUUUUACAGUGGAACAAACUUAUGGCAUCCUGCACUCGAGAUUUGAGUAUUAUUUCAAUGCUCUGAUCCACGGGUUCACUCGGUACGGUUAUUCUGUACGAUGGAGAGUAGCCAACCUCCUUCAAUGGGGAGCGGCUUCGCAGCGACAGCGGCUAAUCAUAUUCGGCUCCUGUCCAGGUGAAGCACUACCGCCAUUUCCGCCAGCUACGCACUCCAAAUAUCCGAAUCCUGACCAGGGGACCAAGCCUUACAAGACAGUCAGGCAAAUUCUGAAUAAGAUUCCCCGAGAUGCCUUACUACAUGACCCUCUUCAUAGCACCCGUAAGCUUAAAGAGCUAAGAAAUAAACGGUGGAACCCUGACGUACCGCUUGCCCGUACUAUUACCUGCGGUGGUGGCGUAGGAAAUUAUCACUACAGUGGGAAGCGUGACUUCACACUUCGAGAAUACGCAGUACUACAAGGGUUUCCGGUGGACUACAACUUCCAGCAACCAGAACAGAAGCGCCAAAUCGGUAAUGCUUUCCCACCCCUUGUAGUCCGAACGCUUUACAAGCAUCUCCGCAGGUGGCUAGACCAGCAGGAUCGAGUGUAUGCCGAUGGUGAACUCUCGGAGUCUGAGGACAGCGAUAGUGGCAACGAUGAUGAUAUGCGAGGACAGGUAGAAGAACCUGAUUAUGAUAGCGAGGUCGAAUAUCUCGGAGGGCUAGCAAUCGACCGAAACGAUAGCGUACAAUAUCUAGGGGGAAGGUAUUUACAUCAGCAAGGUAGCGAGCCACUUACUAUUGACGACUCGGGGCCAGAUGACUCGGAGCCAGAUGCCAUGGCCAUAGAUGCCAUGAGCGAAGAUGUUCACAGUCCUGACAUUUGCAUCGAUGCAGUUCAAGCGGUAGGAAAUGAUCCUUUUCAUCCAAUCCAGAUUAAGUGAAAGGAAUGGACACUAGUCAUACCAUUUACGCAAGGGCAUUGAGAUUUACAGCAUGGCUUUGGAGGAGUUUCGUCGAGUUUGCAGCUAGACUUAGAGGAUAUGAGCACGGGUUCUAGCACUGCUAUGUACUGAGCCCCCGAACGCGAGUCGCGUUAUUGUGCUCUCUAUGUAAGAGGAUAGACUAGGCAUCGACCAAUGCAGUUUAGACAGACGAGAUAGAUCAGAUCACAUUUGCUACCAAGUUUAUG